CAACUACACUCAAUCUCUUUUUCUCAACUUCUUCUAAAAGCCUGAGUUUUUUGCACGGUCCUUUCUACUCCUUGGCUGCUCGCACCCCUUUAAUUUGUCUCCCUCAAACUCAUCUAUCUUUCUUUCAUUUCUCCUUUAUGCGUGGAGGGUAAAAGAGAAAAGCCAAAGGAAGCUCCGGUGCUGGGAAGUCACCGUACCCCUUUACUCCAGUAGCGAUUGGCAGGCGUGUGCGGCCAAAGUGUCCCAAUCGUGCGGCGGAGGGCAAGCUGGGAACUUGCUGGACGGUAAGUUUGAAUUUGGAAGAAAAUUAAGAGAAAAUGAUGUGGUCCUUGGGUAGCUCGUAUAAGAAGAUAACGAAGAUGAUGGUGAAGAAUGCAACUCGAAAGAUGGCUGUAGGAUGGACAAAAGAAUCUAAAAGACAUUUAUCCUCAAAAAUGACAACGGCACCUAAUACCUGGAAGAACAACCAGAGCUCGCAAAUAUUAUUGUCUCCACCACUUGUCUCUCUGGACGUUCCAGAAAUUUGGGGUGCUAAUUCCAACCAUUAUGAUCCACCAUCAAGCCCGAAAAUCUCCAAUGUGCAGCUUGCUACGAUAAUUGAUGGGAAGGCAAUUGCAGAGGAAAUCAGGUCAAGAGUAGCCUCUGAUGUAAAAAGGAUGAAGGCAUACAUCGGCAAGGUUCCUGGUUUGGCUGUAAUUUUGGUGGGCCAGAGAAGGGACUCACAGACUUAUGUACGUAACAAGAUAAAAGCUUGUGAAGAAGCUGGAAUCAAAUCUGUGAUGGCUGAACUUCCUAAUUGUUGUGCUGAAGAGGAUGUUAUGACUGCACUGUUAAAGUUUAAUGAGGAUCCAUCAGUUCAUGGUAUUCUUGUGCAGCUUCCUCUGCCAGAGCAUUUGGAUGAGGAGAAGAUUUUGAAUAUGCUGAGUUUGGAAAAAGAUGUGGAUGGCUUCCAUCCAGUAAAUAUGGGGAAUCUUUCCAUGAGAGGAAGGGAACCACUGUUUGUUCCCUGUGCACCUAAGGGUUGCCUUGAGUUAUUGAUCCGAUCUGGCAUGGAAAUAGUGGGAAAGAAGGCAGUAGUGAUUGGGAGAAGCAACAUUGUGGGAUUGCCUAUAGCCUUGCUACUGCAGAGGCACCAUGCGACCGUCACCAUUGUACAUGCUUUCACAAAGAAUCCUGAACAGAUCACAUGUGAAGCUGACAUCAUAGUCACAGCUGCCGGGGUACCUAAUCUGAUUCGCAGCAGUUGGCUAAAGCAGGGUGCAGUUGUUAUUGAUGUUGGGACAUGUCCAAUUGAGGACCCCAGCUCUGAGCAUGGAUACCGACUUGUUGGAGAUGUUUGCCAUGAAGAAGCAUUGAGAAUUGCAUCAGCAGUUACUCCUGUACCUGGAGGAGUUGGACCUAUGACAAUUGCCAUGCUCCUGUGCAACACUCUUGAUUCUGCCAAACGGGUUUAUAGGUUUGAUUGAUCACCCAUGACAAAACUUUGCAUUAUCAUAGUUUCCUUCAGGGCAUUAUUAGCCUAAUUCAGGUCAUUAUAUUAAUUUAGUAGCUCUCAAUUCCAAUGGUUUGGAAUGGAUCUGAAUUUAUUGAAUAUAUACAAAGUUUGCAUCCUAAUAUUGUAGUUUACUCUUGUAUUUUCACCUUUUUCGGAGAUAUUUUUGCAGUCCCUAUCUUUAACCAAAGAAGUACCAUCUGGGGCUCUGUG